GUACAAUAUCUAUGGUUACAUCAUUUAUUUCAACAUUGAAUAUAAAUACUGGUGUAGCACAACUUAGCGCCUGGCUUACUAGUCAAGCUAUUCAUGUACCUCCUGGUUGGAUUGAUGCUUGUGUGGCUUGGCUUGCUGAAGAGCAUGGAGGUAUUGAUGCAUGUAAUCGUCUUACAAAGUCUGAUUGGUGUCAAUUAAUAUAUGAGCAAUGGCUUCAUUCUGAUUUGAAGCAGUUAGAAUGUCCAGUUCUACCGUCAACUAUAUCUACUUCAAGAAAUCCCCAUGACAAUUCGCUUAGCAGUGGUACUGAUGCGAAUACCAUGAAUUCACCUGCACUUAAGCUGGAUGGUGAACUUUGUCUUCAAGUUGUCAAUUUAUUCAACAUAGGUGAAUCAUACUAUGGUCAACUGAGACGACAUGAGGGUAAUUUGAGCGUAAAUCUACCUUCAUUGGAAGUAGACGGUGAAAAUAAUCCAGAUGGACAUGCUACACAAAUGACACAAGCUUUUAGUCAAUAUCUUAAUCAAAGUCUCAAACAAACAAUUUUAGACAGUCAACAAUGGCCAAUUGUCUCACUCUAUUUCUUACUGAUGGAGUAAAUGAAAUCAAAGUUAUUGAAUUUGGCACCCAAUCCACAAGAUCACGAUCUUCUUUACCUUUUAAAGAAUUAUCAAAAAAACUUCGACCUGGAGUAAAGAUUCGUCUACGUGGACCAUUACUUUUACGUAAUAACGUCUUACUUGUUCCUCCCGGUGCUUUACAGUCACUAUCAAGCCAUCAAUUAGAAGUUUUAGGUGGUGAGGUUGAUGAACUCUUAGAAAACUAUGAAGAAAAUACCAUGUAUGAGGUUGGUAAACUAUUGGCUAAUAAACUAAAUAUACCAUUAACUGAAAAUAACAGCUUGCCGUCUUGGUUUCCUCGUGUAUCAUCAAGACAGUUACGCAGUUCAGCUGGUGAUGAUCUGGUACCGAAUAUAGAAGUGCCUAGUGAGCAGUCUAAUAAUGUACCAGACGUUCAGCAAAACCGUGAUAAUAACAUUACUAACAAUGGGGAUGGCAGAGAUCCACUAAGUUCUGUUCGUUGCCCAUUGAGUACUGUUUCUACUGGUAAUAGGGGUGUCGUCGGUGGCAGUGGUAGCGUUUCUCCAGAAUUAUGGGAUGAUGAAAUAUUCGAUGAUGCAAUAUUGAGUCAUGCUGCUCAAUCUAUGGAGAAACAGUUAGAUUGUAAUAGAAGCGGUGUAUCAAUUUCACGAAGUUCUGUCCAUUCGUUCAAUGAUCCACUUCGUUUACCAGCAAGUGUUAUAUCUGAUGAACGAGAGCGACUGUCAAAUGAAUCUAAAUUUAAUGGUCUUCAACGUACCCACAGUGUUGUUGAUGAGAGCGAGAACAAUGUUUCUAUUGAUAGCGAUGAUCCGUUUUUAGAAGAUCAAGUCGAUCCAGAUAUAUUGGCUUCUGCUCUAGCUGAAAUAGACGAACAACAGUCAAUAAAUUCUACAAAUGAGAUGCGAAUUUUUCAAUCCAAUAAAAAAGUAUCCGAAACAACUGCAAAUUCGUCAACAUUAUCAUCAACUUUAAUGAAAAAAAGUUGUACAGUAAGUCAACCGAUAAAAUCACAAAUUGAAUCAAAACAAAGUUUGAAACAAACGUUAUUAAAGCUACAAUCACGCAGUCUAUCAGUGAAUAAACUGAAUGAUAAUCCAUCACUUCCUUCUUCUUCUUCUUCUAAACCGCAACCGACUGAACCAUUCUCGCCAGAACCAGUAAAAACAGAUAUCAAAAAAGUACAAACUAACAUCGACAACAAUGAAGAUCUUCUGCCACCGGUGCCCAAACGUAAAACAUUGGAAUUUAAACAAACAAACAGUACUAUUGCAAGUAAUAGUAAAUCUAAAAAUAUACUACAGUUUGCAUCUUCAUCCAGCCAUCAAGUUAUUUCAACGACUACAGAAGAUGAUCAUGAUAAACACAUGGUCAGUAGUAGACAACUGUCAUCUAGUUCAUUGGAAAUUGAUUAUCACUUUCAUCCAUUUUGUUAUAUUCAAGAUAUAUAUGAUAAACUACUUAAAACAAAAGAUAGUAGUAAUGGUUCAGCUUCCAUAAAUACUGUUUACACAAUUCGUGGUUUACUUAUUAGUCUAUUGUCAUCGUUGGAACAUCAUAAUGGCACUAAAUGGACACUAGCUGUGCGAAUUACAGAUGGUAGUGCAAUUCUUGAUCUAGAUGUCGCUUCAGACUUACUAACUGAAUGGAUUGGUUUAACUCCUAGUGAAAGUGAAUCAUUAAGACGAUUGAGUAAAAUUGACUCGGAUUCUUCGAAUCCACUUGCAGUUCAAGAGGCACAAAAACAUCGUCAACGUUUACGUACAGCAUUAACAAAUUUCCAAAUAUUUUUAUCACAUUUAGGCGGUUUAUUCAAUAUUACAAUUCAAACAUGCAAUGAUAAUGUUUUAAAAUGUGAAAAGAAUACAGCAAACAAUACUAAUACUACUACUGCUAAUACUACUACUACUACUAAUAUUGAUCAGUCAUCUUUAUCCUCAUCGAUACGUCCCAUUUUAAUAGGUUAUAAAGAAAUAGAUCAAUAUUGGUUGAAAGAAUUACAAAAUAGAAUUAAUGUUCGUUAUAUAGAGAAAAGUUUAUUGUAAAAGAUGAAGAAAAAAAAAGAAUAAUACAAAUGAAUUUUCAUGUUAUUCUUAAUUUUGUAAAUAAAUUAAUUAAUAUAUUUGUGUAUAGUUUUAUAUGUAUUACAGUUUAUGUUUGAACAGUAUUAUUUUAUUACAUUCCAGUGGAAAUAUAAAAUUAUAUGCAAAUAUUUACUAUAACGAUGACAAAACAUACUGUCUCUUUUUGUG